AUGGAGUUCCUUUUCGGUUGGAUUUUUGCUAGCGUUGUCCUGUUUGUAAUAUGCUUUGCAUUUUGGCUAUUAUCUCGUGCCCCGUAUGAUCAGGUGUUGCUUUCUGCCAGCAGCAGCACGUCUUCGGCUUCCGAGAGGCCGGAACACCCUCGUGAGACGGCGAAUCCCGAUUUGACCGCCAGCGAUAAGAAGAAGACGCAUUUUAAGUUCAGGGCACCAUUGAAGGGUUCGUCGUCCUAUACUCACCCGUGGCUGGCCGGCUCCUUGAAGGGGCAUCUGUCUCGAGUGUUGGAUUUUGACUUGAGUCCUAACGGCAAGCAUCUAAUGACUUGCUCGGAAGAUCGUAGCUUGAUCUUGUGGAAUUGCUCUGACUUCUUGGAGAGGGAGCAUAAAUGCUUCAGGCUGAAUCUGGACUUGGACCACGCGCUGAAGGUGUGCUUUGCGCCUGACUCCAAGUCACUGCUGCUGUGCAUGGCGUUCGACAACACCCUAACCGUCUACAAACUGGCGAAGAAGGAAAGCCACGCGUUUCGUAUUGAACAAGUGGAAAAUGUGCAGUUCGAAAAGGUGCAUAAAGCUGAUAUCAUUGCCAUUGGCAUAUCUCCUGACGCCAAGUACAUUAUAAGUGCAUCUGGUGACACUUCGCUGGCGGUGUGGGAUUUGAAGGGCAAGAUCCUAAAAAUGGUCAACACGAAUCACGGCAAUAAUUAUUACGCGUGCAUCUCGCCGUGCAGUCGGUUCAUUGGAACUUCCGGCUUCACUCCCGACGUCAAGGUGUGGCAAGUGUUGUUCAGCAAGAACGGUGAAUUUCAGGACGUUACGCGAGCUUUUGAACUAAAGGUACGGUGCGUCGUUUUUUGCUGCAUGUAGCG